AUUUAGCUUAUGAAAUCUUUUAGAUUUAGGAACAAAUGUAUACUCUAAAAUGUAACUAUUUGACAUGUGUCAAAAUGUUUUUAAAUUUGUUGUGAUCUUGUUACAAUUAAGAUCAAGCUACUUGUCAGAUUUUAUGUGAUGGGUUAAAUUUUACAAAAUUCUAGCCCAAAUAUAAAAUACCUACGUCCUCAAAACUUAAAAUGCAAGCGAUAAUAAUACAACUUAGAGUACAAAGAGGUUAAAGGUAGAUAGAAUGUCGACCAGUGAGCUCGCCUGCACUUAUGCUGCUCUCAUCCUCCACGAUGAUGGAAUCGAGAUCACCGCUGAGAACAUAUCAAAACUGGUGAAAACAGCCAACGUGAAUGUCGAGUCAUACUGGCCUAGCCUCUUUGCUAAGCUAUGUGAGAAGAAGAACAUCGACGAUCUCAUCAUGAAUGUAGGAGCCGGUGGUUGUGGUGUGGCUCGUCCAGUUACCACUGCUGCUCCUACCGCUUCUCAAUCAGUCUCUAUUCCCGAGGAGAAGAAGAAUGAGAUGGAGGUGAUCAAAGAAGAGAGUGAAGAUGACAUGAUAAUCGGAUUAUUUGACUAGAAGAGCUUCUUUUUCUUUGCUUCCAAAUUUUAUGAAUUUUGCCUCAUAUGAAUAUUUUGAUUAUUUACAAUUUAUUUGAUUGUUUAUGAGAGACAACAAAAAUAAAUCAAAUCUAUUAUUGGCUAUUGUUUAAUAAAUAUAUACAACAACAAAA